AUGUCGUCUCUGACGUGGCGCUCCUCGUGGUCCUCUGCCGAUGGCUCGGUGGACGUGCAGGUCCUGGACAAUAAUCGAGGCGGCGUAGUGUCUCUCUCGUCAUUGCCAUUGCAAUUGAUUCGCUCUGCAUCAGACGCCUCUGUGCCGUGUCAAAUGUCGCUGCAUUGGUCGCCACAGCCUCUACGCUGUCUCCAGCUCCAGCUCGAGGUGCAAUGCUCGGCUCGUCACGUAGAACUACACGCCGAAGGCACACGUCGCAAUAUGUUGGGUGAAGAGGAGCAAGGUGAAGUAUAUCUGGGCACAUUCCGAGGCACCAAAGCGUCGACGGAGGUGUCGAAUUUCACCAUGUCGCCAAUUUUCAAGCAAAGUGAUCGCGACUGUGAUAUUCUCAAAAGUUUGCAAUCGCUCAAAGUCAAAUUUGUAUCCCUCACGGGUGACAAAAAUGUACUGAAUCUGCAACAACUUCAAUGUGUAUCGGGGCUCAAUAUUGGAGGAGCAGCAGAUGUGCAAACGCUUUUGAAGGGGUUCCAGCAGACAUUGGAGCGUGAAAUGGAGACCAAAAUUGCUCGAGUGAUCGAUGCAAAGCUGUCGACACUUUCGCAACGUUUGGCAUUCUCAGAGCAAGCGCUUUUCCAAUUGCACAAGAAAAUGGACGCAAAAGAUGCACACAAACCCAGUUGA